AUCGCUUAUUAGUCUCGGGGUCCCCGAGUGCGGACACCCUACCUUUGCGGUGGGGUCUGGACGCCCGAGAGACCUUCCCAGGAAAGUCCCUGAGGAGGAGCUAGACAGCGUAGGAAGUGGAGCCGCUCCCGCCACUCUUCAGACCUGCCCUCCACUUCCGCCACCGUCACCACAGAGCUGAAGGAGGCCUAGAGAGCCGCGCGUGCAGCGCCACUGAGACCGGAAGGAGACACCGCAGACCUGGAGGACAACCGCGUAGCUGAGCGCUUAGAGCCACCGAACCAUAGAGAUCGGAAAGAGGAGCGAGAGGCAACGCCGGAAAACAGGCCAAGAGCGCAGGCAGUAAGGCAAGAUGGCGGCAACCAAGAGGAAACGGCGUGGAGGCUUGGCAGUGCAGGCGAAGAAGCCAAAAAGAAACGAAAAAGAUGCCGCGCCGCCAACUAAGCGGCACACCACCGCAGAGGAGGUGGAGGAAGAAGAGAGGGACCGGAUCCCAGGCCCCGUUUGCAAGGGCAAGUGGAAAAAUAAGGAACGGAUUCUCAUCUUUUCUUCCAGAGGAAUAAAUUUUAGGACAAGACAUUUAAUGCAGGACUUGAGAAUGUUGAUGCCUCAUUCUAAAGCAGAUACUAAAAUGGAUCGUAAGGAUAAGCUAUUUGUGAUUAACGAGGUUUGUGAAAUGAAGAACUGUAAUAAAUGCAUCUAUUUUGAAGCUAAGAAAAAACAAGAUCUCUAUAUGUGGCUUUCAAAUUCACCUCAUGGACCGUCUGCUAAAUUCCUUGUUCAAAAUAUUCAUACCCUUGCUGAACUAAAGAUGACUGGAAACUGUUUGAAAGGUUCUCGGCCCCUUUUGUCUUUUGACCCUGCUUUUGAUGAAUUACCACAUUAUGCUUUGUUAAAAGAACUCUUAAUUCAGAUCUUUAGUACACCACGGUAUCAUCCCAAAAGCCAACCAUUCGUGGACCAUGUGUUUACUUUCACCAUUUUGGAUAAUAGGAUAUGGUUUCGGAACUUUCAGAUCAUAGAAGAAGAUGCUGCUCUUGUAGAAAUAGGACCUCGUUUUGUCUUAAAUCUCAUAAAGAUUUUCCAGGGAAGUUUUGGAGGACCAACUUUAUAUGAAAAUCCUCACUACCAGUCACCAAACAUGCAUCGGCGUGUCAUAAGAUCCAUCACAGCUGCAAAAUACAGAGAGAAACAGCAAGUGAAAGAUGUGCAAAAACUGAGAAAGAAAGAGCCGAAGACUCUUCUUCCACAUGAUCCCACUGCAGAUGUUUUUGUAACGCCAGCUGAGGAGAAACCAAUAGAAAUACAGUGGGUAAAACCAGAGCCAAAAGUUGAUUUGAAAGCAAGAAAGAAACGGAUUUACAAAAGGCAAAGAAAAAUGAAACAGAGGAUGGACAGUGGGAAAAAAAAAUAAGUCAAUGGAAACCUGAUUUGUUUUUCAGUUACUUUAUAUUUAUUUUGUAUUCAAUGUGUAAAUACUUUUAUUAUCUGAUACUAUCUUAUGUCUAAUUAGUGUAGCAUUUAGAAGAAAAAUUAAGAUCUUAAAAUCAGUGAUUAUCUUUUCCUAAAUAAAAUAUCACCAGAAUUCAUAAGUUAAUUUC